AUGAGGAUUCAAUGUCCCACCCCCUCUCAGUGUCCCCCCUCUCAGUGUCCCACCCCCUCUCAGUGUCCCACCCCCUCUCAGUGUCCCCCCUCUCAGUGUCCCCCCCUCUCAGUGUCCCCCCUCUCAGUGUCCCACCCCCUUUCAGUGUCCCACCCCCUCUCAGUGUCCCCCCUCUCAGUGUCCCCCCUCUCAGUGUCCCACCCCCUCUCAGUGUCCCACCCCCUCUCAGUGUCCCACCCCCUCUCAGUGUCCCACCCCCUCUCAGUGUCCCACCCCCUCUCAGUGUCCCACCCCCUCUCAGUGUCCCACCCCCUCUCAGUGUCCCCCCUUGUCCCACCCCCUCUCAGUGUCCCACCCCCUCUCAAUGUCCCACCCCUCUCAGUGUCCCACCCCCUCUCAGUGUCCCACCCCCUCUCAGUGUCCCCCCUCUCAGUGUCCCACCCCCUCUCAUGUCCUUCCCCCUCUCAGUGUCCCCCCCCUCCUCUCAGUGUCCCCCCUCUCAGUGUCCCCCCUCUCAGUGUCCCACCCCCUCUCAGUGUCCCCCCUCUCAGUGUCCCACCCCCUCUCACAUGA